UUUUUGUUUUUAAAUAAAAUAUUCAUCCAACUAAACCGACCUCUCUUCUCUCCGCUUCACUUUCUUUCCCACGCGUAUUAGAAACUUCACCUUUACCUUUUCUUCCCCCACGCGUUUGGUUGCCUACGAUCACCCCCCAAGAUUUCCCCACCAUCAGCUGUUCCGGCAAUAUCCUCCUCCAUCAUCGCCGCUUCUACGCGUUCGGUUUGGUCUGGUCUUCGUGAUGCCACCGCCCCCCACUCUCCGCAUUUUCGUUCAGAGCCCGCCUGCUCGCUCUCUCUUCCAGUCGGGCGAGGUAGGCGGGCCGGGCAAGCAAACGGUGGUGAUAAAGGUGUGCAUGGAUGGCCACAAGUCCCUUUUUGGUGAUUUGGAUGGAGAAAAAGUCCGCUCCAAAGCCUUGAAGAUUGCAGUCGGCAUUUCAGGGGUGGUGUCAGCAUCUUUAAAAGGAGACAACAAGGACCAAAUAGAAGUAAAAGGAGAGAGGAUUGAUACAGUGAAACUUACAAAAUUACUCAGAAAGAAAGUGGGACGUGCAGACAUAAUUACUGUAGCGGAAGACAAGAAAGAGGAGAAGAAAGAAGAACCGAAAGUAGAAUACCUGACGUGGCCUUAUAAUUAUACGCCUUCCUACUCCUCCUAUCCAUUCUAUGCGCCGUCGACAGGGAUUACAUGUUACUGUUCUAAGUAGAGACAUGAGCGAGCUAGCAGUGGAGAAAUUUCAAUAUAAUACGUGCAUGAAUGUUUGUUUUUUAUCUGUUAUCAUGAUUAUGUUCUAUAGACAUAUAAAUCCAUGAUGUUCAGUUUCUCA